CUCGCCAACUUUCUCGACGUCAGUGACAUCUCCAGCGACCCUCUUUCCAAGACUUUGCCCAUCUAAUCUAGUGGGCAGGGGAACGGCCGGAACGCUACCGGGGCCGCGAUCCCCGUGCCCUCAAUACGUUUGUCGAUAAGAGCGCACGGCAGUCACCUGGUGUGAAGACUAAUCUGCGGGCACAAUGCGUUUCGUCCUUCUCACUCUCACAUCGCUCUUGGGCGCCCUCGCGACAAACAUGAACCGCAUCGACACACACGUACACAUUAUUCCCCCGUCAUAUCGCGCCGCGAUCGACAAGUAUGGCGACCCGUCAGGGUGGGCAAUGCCAGCCUGGUCUCUCGAUGCGGCGCUGAACGCCUCGUCGCAGCUCGGCGUGCGCGUCUCAGUCGUGAGCGUGACCUCGCCCGGCCCGUCCAUCGCUGGCGCGGGCGAGGAGGGCCGCGCCCUCGCGCGCGCAUGCAACGACGAAUGCGUGGCCCUGGCGCACCAAGCGCCGGGCAAGAUCGCUCUCUUCGGCAGCCUUCCCGACUGGAACGAUGUGGAGGGCACGCUCGCCGAGAUCGACUAUGUCAUGCGCGACCUGCGCUGUCCCGGCGUCGUGGCCAUGACGACGUACGGCGGCCUGUUCCUCGGCAACCCCAAGUUCAAGCCCAUCUGGGCGCGCCUCGAGCGAUACAAGGCCAUCGUGUUCAUCCACCCCGCCGCGGUGGACGUGACGCCGCGCUUGAUCGCCGAGAAGCUGCCACAGCCCAUCGUCGACUAUCCGCAAGCGACGACGCGCACGGCCUCUGACCUCGUCCUCACCCGCACAUUCACCAAGCACAGCAAGUUCAAGGUCAUCCUCUCGCAUGCGGGCGGCACGCUCCCGUGGCUCGCGGACCGCAUGUCGUCGAGCUCCCGACUCGUCGACCCCAACAUGACCAUGGACGAUGUGCUCGAGACAAUCCGCCACUUCUACUUUGACGUCGCGCUCAGCACGACACCCACGGCGCUAUACGGCCUCCUGCAGGUUACGACGCCGGACAAGAUCCUGUACGGCAGCGACUUCCCGUAUGCGGCCCUCAACAGCAGCAUGCGGCACACAACGCGCCUCGACACCCUGUUGGCCGGCGAGUUCCGCAACCUCAGUGCUGUCAACAGUGAAAACGCGGAAAAACUGUUUGGCGGCGUGGACAAGGUCGUCGCGCGGCUCAAGGGAGGGAAAAAGCCCAAGCUCUAGCGGAGCGGGAUGCGCAUGGAGCGAGUGGAGUGAGCAGCAGUGAGAGUGAAAGCGUGGUGUGGAUGUGAUGCAGAUAAUUUGCCCGUG